AUGAAGCCCGGCAUUCAUCCAAACUACAGAGAAGUCGUCUUUCAAGACCUGACUAGCGGCUUCGCGUUCCUGACCCGUUCCACGGUCAAUACCCGUGAAAACAUUACUUGGGAAGAUGGCAAAGAAUACCCACUGGUUAAAGUGGAGGUUUCCAGCCAAUCUCACCCCUUCUACACUGGCAAGCAAGCUGUUAGCACAACCGCUGGCCGUGUGGAAAAGUUCAAGAACCGUUAUGCACGUGGCGGCAAGUAA